AUGAUAGCGCAAUUCUGUGAACAGGAUUACCGCCACUGGGACCAUCAUCUAGACGAUUUCAAGUUUGCAAACAACAGUGCCCGUCAUGAAUCCACUGGAUUCACACCCUCCUUCCUGAACUUUGGCCGAGAGUUGGAAGUACCGAAGGCAUUGUACCGCAACGAGGAACCUGUCCCAGAAGAGGAGCCGUCCAACGCCGACCGUGAGAUCCGAAGAAACCGACUAUCAAAGUUGCAGGAAGUUUUUGACUUAGUCCGAGUGAAUUUGUCUCAUGCCUUUAACUCACAGAGUCAUUACUAUAAUCUCCGCCUACGUGACUGGCGAUGUCACGUAGGAGACCGGGUUAUGAAACGUGAAAAUCCGUUAUCAUCCGCUGUUAAAGGUUUUGCGGCAAAACUAGCACCGAAAUAUUCCGGACCGUACACCGUGGUCAAAGUCGUGUCACCGGUAGUUUACAACCUGAAAUCCGACACCGGAAAGAGAGUAAACAGGAUCCACGUCAAAGACUUGAAACCUGUACCGUUCACGACCGAGCUGGGAAUACCGUAA